AUGGCGGUGGUAAGCGGGAUGUCGGGGUCGGCUAUAGCCCGGCUGGAGGGCCGAGAAUUCGAGUAUUUGAUGAAGAAAAGGUCGGUGACCAUUGGCCGGAACUCCUCGCAGGGCUCCGUGGACGUCAGCAUGGGACAUUCCAGCUUCAUUUCCAGGAGGCACCUCGAGAUUUUUACAGCGAGCGAAGAUGGUACAGGCACGGGGGAAUUCUAUCUCCGAUGCCUGGGAAAAAAUGGGGUGUUUGUGGAUGGGGUGUUCCAGAGAAGGGGGGCUCCACCUCUGCAGCUUCCACGAAUAUGUUGCUUCCGAUUCCCCAGCACAAGCAUAAAAAUCACAUUCACUGCACUUUUAAACGACAAAAAGGAGCAGAGGAACGCGCCCGAAAUGCCGAUAAAGUCCGUACAACCCCAAAUUUCCCCUCUUACCAUCAACAUUCCGGACAAUAUUGCCCACCUUAUGAGCCCACUGCCUUCACCUACAGGCACCAUAAGUGCUGCAAACUCCUGCCCAUCCAGUCCAAGAGGGGCAGGACUGUCCAGUUAUAGAAGUGGCCGGGUUCUGGCCUCGGACCUUAUAGCGGAUAACUCUCACUCAGAAAAUGACAAGGAAGCAUCAGGUGAAGACAGCCCAAAGGAUGAUUCCAAACCUCCGUACUCGUACGCACAACUGAUUGUCCAAGCCAUCACCAUGGCCCCAGAUAAACAACUGACACUGAAUGGAAUAUACACCCACAUCACAAAGAAUUACCCUUACUACAGAACAGCUGAUAAAGGCUGGCAGAACUCCAUCCGCCACAACCUGUCCCUGAACCGGUACUUCAUCAAGGUAGCGCGCUCUCAGGAGGAACCCGGGAAAGGAUCGUUCUGGAGGAUCGACCCGGCUUCCGAAGGCAAACUCAUCGAACAAGCCUUUAGGAAACGCAGGCCUAGGGGGGUGCCUUGUUUCAGGACCCCAGUAGGACCACUGUCUUCGAGGAGUGCUCCCGCUUCUCCCAAUCACACAGGGGCACUGUCGGCUCAUUCUAGUGGCGUACAGACCCCAGAUAGCCUCUCAAGAGAGGGGUCCCCAGUGCCCAUGGAACACGAGCAAACCCCGCCACCAGCCCCGACCCCAACUGCCACCGUCCAGUCCAAACUUGCUGUCAUUCAAGAGGCUCGCUUUGCACAGAACUCCUCUGGUUCUCCACUCGGCAACCAGCCCGUAUUGAUUGCGGUGCAACGCCAGGUGCCUCAGACGACCGUCAAGCCUGUGACCUACACCGUGGCCACGCCGGCCAUAGUGACGACAACAGUUAGCCCGGCGCCCGUCAUGCAGGCGGUGCAGGUCGUCCACCAGAUUUCCGCCGUCACCAUGACGACCGUCGGCACGCAGCCCGCUGCUACGCUCAAGCCGGACUCUCAGGAGAAUGGAGGGGGAGAGCAUCAAGAGAUCAAAGUUAAAGUAGAGCCGCUCCCAUCCAUCACGAGCUCGUCUAUAGGGGGAGUCGGUCGCAUCAUCCAGAGCUCUCAGGCCGCUCCGCUGACUACUGUAACCAUCAUGCAACAGGCUCCGCUCGGUCAGCACCAGCUUCCCAUUAAGGCUAUCACACAGAAUGGGACUCACUUGGUCCCCAUUAGUUCUACUGGAACAGCAGUAGCAAACCCUCUCCACCUUCUGGCCACCCACGCUUCAGCCUCUGCGUCCCUGCCCACUAAAAGACAGAACGGGGAUCUUCAGGAGGCCCCCGCGUCCAAGCGGGGAAAGACGCAGGAUGGCGACGACGACGAGGCGGCGGCUGUGGCUGCGAACGGCAGCAACAGCAACGGUUCCGCCAGUGCCGAUAGCGCCGGAGAAGCGGAGGUUAGAGAAGCGGUGAGCAACCAGUAG